UCUAAGUAAGUAAUUAAGCUUUUUUCACGUCGACAUAAUCGCCAGCGCGCAGUGGGAGGAGACUUUGAGGGAGGAGGACAUCGUCCCUGCCCAAUGACGCCAGGGAUGAAUGAGCCACGCACACGCGGGCGUUUCACAGCAGUGGGAGGCGAGCGGAGCGCUUCCGCCUUCUCAGGCGACUUGCAGCAAAACCUCCCUCCCCAGCCACACAAAACCCACUACCAGCACCAAGGAAAUCCCGAGUACGGCGGCCGUCUAAGACGAACUGCUGCACCAACCAGGGCUGGGGCAGUGAGACGUGGAGACGGUGGUGGUGGUUGUCUGGCCGCGUGACUGAGUUGGGAUUUCGAGGAGUCGGCGUUUUGAUCUCGGGCAGCAGCAACAGCAGCGGCCAUGAAUUUCCUGCUCGAGACCUUGAUGGUGAUGGUCCUGAGCGUCGUCUACUGGCUCGAGUGUCUCUUCCGCUGCGUCGUGCCCCCGCGCCGCAAGAGCGUGGCUGGCCAGGUGGUGCUGGUGACGGGCGCCGGCAGCGGCCUCGGCCGCCUCGUGGCGCUCAGCCUCGCCCGCCUGGGCGCCACCCUCGUCAUCUGGGACGUCAACCGCGCCGCCAACGAGGAGACGGCGCAGCUCAUCCGUGAGGAAGGGGACGGCGUGGAGGGCAACGGGAGGAAGCCGAGCGUCCACGCCUACUCGGUGGACUGCAGCCGCAGGGACGACGUGUACAGGGUGGCCGACCUGGUGAUGCGAGACGUCGGAGACAUCGACAUCCUCGUCAACAACGCCGGCAUCGUGACCGGGCGCAAGUUCAUCGAUUCGCCCGACGAGCUCCUGCAGAAGACGAUGGACGUCAACAUCAUGGCGCACUUCUGGACCUACAAGGCGUUCUUGCCAGCUAUGGUAGCCAACGACCACGGACACCUGGUGAGCAUUGCCAGCUCGGCUGGACUCAUCGGAGUGAAUGGCCUCGCAGAUUACUGCGCCAGCAAGUUUGCUGCUGUGGGAUUUGCUGAAUCGGUGGCCCUGGAGAUGUUGGCGCUGGGCAAAUUCGGGGUCAAGACCACGAUCGUGUGCCCGUACUUCAUCAACACUGGGAUGUUUAACGGCUGCGUCACAAAGUGGCCGCGGCUGAUGCCCAUCCUGGACCAGCACUACGCGUCAAACAAAAUCGUCGAUGCAAUCCUGCGGGAACAGGUCCAGCUGGUCAUGCCGCGCAGCAUAUACGGCAUGAUGGCCCUGAAGAACAUCAUUCCUGUGAAGUUGGGGGUUCUUCUCGGAAACUACUUUGGAGCAUUCCACUUCAUGGACCAUUUUGUGGGAAGAAAAAAUGACUGAGAAGGUGAUAACCUUGAAGAACGGUAUUUUAAAAGUACUGGGCCAUAACGAUUGUGAUUUUCGUCAAGUGCAGUUUGAUGAAUGAAACAUUUAUUCCAUUAAUAAAACUAAAUGGUCAAAUCAUGCUUAUGCUGAGAGGUUAGUACUGUUUUUCCAAAUAAUACAGCUUUGAAAAGUGAUGAAUGUUUAAGAAUAAUUGUGAGCAUUGUGUCUUUAUCUCCUGGACCCUUAUGCCAUAUUACGUGAAAGAAAAUAAUUGAUUUGACUAAAUCUUCUGAUAUAAAAUGAAAGUAAUUAAAGAUGAUUACUGUUUACUUUUAACUUCACACCCUAUACUCAAUCUCAAGAAGAUUUUAUUAUUUUUUUCUCCCAAUUUAGUAUUUUUUUCCAAUUCUUUUUUUUUUUUUUACAAAAUCCACGAAUUUUCACGUUACGUAUUCACACCGUUCCGAUAGCGCAGGGUUGUCGCGAAGACAAACGCUGUGUUUCACAGACACGGUCUGCAGUGUGGGGUUCCUCAAGUGGGGCGAAGCCGCUUGCCAGUUUCCAGACUCGGUAACUUGCGGGGGAUUUUUUCUCCUUCUUCCACAUUUAGGCAAAUUUUGAAUGUGACACUGGCCACACUUUGGCCUUCUCUUAUUCAAACAACGUCAAGGGAUCUUUAACGUCCACUGUAAAGCAGACGACGCUUAUUUACGGUUCAUACACCUGCAAUGGUAUUGGCCAAAGUUGUCGAUAAGCAAGAGUUUGGCAUCUCUUUAAACCUUGCGUCUUUCACGAUGCUUGGGCCUUUCGUUGGAAUGAACGUGGCCAAAGUGAACUCUGGCAUGGUUAGUGUGUAUAUUGAUUGGGUUACGGGUUAAUUGCGCUUGUGAAAAAAAAGAACAGAGAAUGGUAUACCACCCUGAUUCUUGUCUUUUAUAAGCUCGCUGGUGCUCUUGUCGUUAUCAUUAUUUUCUUUAUACUCGUGAUUGGUUAAUUAAAUGAAUGCUAACAGGUUGUACACUUUAUGUAAUUAACACCCAUUCUACAUAAACGGCAGCAAAAAAUAUCCUCAACACCGAUAUAGUUGACACUGCCCUAAACAGAAAAAUAAACAUAACAGGCGACGCCCUCAGGCAAUGGCUCUUAUCCUCACCGCGCAUCGAGAGGUCAGGUAAGCAACGAAUAAUAUCAGCCGACUUAGUUUCAUCUGGGCCACCCCUCCCCGCCACCACGCACUAUUUACCUCGGAUGUUGGAGAGUUGGCCUAUGAGUGUCGUUCCUGUGUCAGUUCACGGUGUUGGCAAAGCCGGCGUUGGGUUCUGUGAGAAUUUGUAAUCGUCUCGCUGUUGGUGCGCCCGUGAAUUCUGAAUUUCGAACGCACCGCAAACUCGCUGUUUCUUACAGCUCGACUUCGCCUCUAGACUCUUCACCAGAAGUCAACAUUACGUGGUCGUGCAUGCUGAAACUCCGGGUGUCCACUAGAGGGCACCAGUGCACGCUUCAAAUGCAGGAAUUCGCUUUCAGUUGUUGGAAUUAGUGCCCUGCCUGCAAUAGUCGUGUGUAUUUUAUCGCAAUUAACAGUUGAACAUUUUUUUUCCCCGUUUAACGAAAAUUCGUAAUUAUUUCCAGAGUUGCGCAAGUCUCACAAUUCCUAACCCGCCGUCUUCAUUCGUUUAUUGUAAUCGGUCACGAUUCCGUUACAGGAUCGUGGGAUUGUGGAAUUGUGGGGAGAGGGUUGGGGGGCCGUGCUGCGUAAACUCCUGGCAUGGCGUUCCUUGAGAGAUCGAGGGCCUAUGGGGGGGGGGGGGGGGCGGGGAGUGGCCAACCUCAUUGGCAUUGAGGUGAAUGGGGAAUCUACCGGGCGAUUCCUAAGCCCUUAAGGAAUCCCAUUUCAAUGUUGGUUUCUCAGUCUCCUUCCAGAUGUCUGGGAUCUUCUUGGCUGAUUAAUUUGAUGGACGAAUCUUUUUUUUAUAUAGGAUCCCAUUAAAUAUCACUAAUGGCGACACUAAGCCUCCAUACUAUUUUGUUGCCGGGUUGUGUGUCACCAUUCGAAUAUUUACAUUUCUAUAAAGUCGUUGCGUAAAGUAACAAAAACAAAUGCAGCUGAAAUUCUGAAGCCUCUAUUUUGAAGAAGAAAAAAAAGUGUCCAUUUACUAACUUUUUAAAAUGCCAUGCCAGGUUCAUGAAAUGCUCUCUGGGUAUUAAAAUAAAGUGGUUCAGUUUACUUCA